GUGGUGUUUGAACUUGUAAAAAAGUACUUCCCCUUUAAGAAAAGCGAGCCCCUGAUGAUGACGUGUUAAUAGCGCGCAAUGCAGAGAGAAACGGAAAACAGCAGUGCAUGAGAUUAAUCCAUCCGUGUGUCGAGUAUCAUCCUUGAUUUAAUUGAUGCUCUAUUUCGAGAUGAUCGAAGAUGUUUGAUCGCACGUGACUGCAUUUUGAAAUCUCUAUAAAAGAGUUCGGUAAGUCAAUUUUCAAUGUAAAGUGCAUAAGAAAUGUGAAUAACGUGUAUAAUAUCCUGUGUAUGUUAUAUUUGAUUCUUGUGACAUGGUGUUUGAAAGCACAUGAUGAAAAUGCUAACAGGGGUUUUGUGUUUGUGUAGGGUGCCACUACCGUGUUUGUGUUUGCUUUGGAAGUGUAUUGUUUCACACUGAAAGUGUGCCCUAACAUUCGUAAAUAUUUGACAUUGAGAAAUUGACACUUUACUAAAUUAUCUGUUAAGAUAUUUUUUUGUUAAUUAUUCAUUUUGAGUUUAUACUCUAUUUGGUUUAAGCAUUACAGUGACCCCGUGUGGGGGAUUUGAGUAGUGUGGUUGAGUGAUAAAUUAUCACCUGUGACUUGUUGAACUACUCAGUUUAAAGCAUUGAAGAUCUUAAAGAACAUUUAAACAAUUGAUUGAUUUAAUAGAGGAAAAAUAAAGCAAAUUGUAAAACGUGGUUCAGUGUCAAUUGAUUUGUUUUGUUAACUGGCAACAAAAUUUGGUACCAGGAGUGGGGUCCUUUUAUAAAUCUAUAUUGCCAGUGUCAGUUAAAUGUUAGUGGCACACGGGUGAGCAAACACGGUAGUGGUGAAGAGAAGCCUCUGGCGUGGAAGGAGUUUGCGGUCACUGGACGGAGUGUUCGACGCAGAAUAGAGACGGUCGUUGGUUUGGGCCAGGACGUGACAGAGCCGACGGAGUGGUGAAGUGCGUUUCCUAUCUGAAGUAGGCACGGAUUGUCCCUUUCAGUUGCCACACUCAAGACUUUGACUUGCAACAUGUCUGACUAUUCGGAGGGGGAAGAGGACGACAUUCGUCUGAAGUUAAGAGAACUGAGUCAAAAGCACGAUGAAGCAAUGGCCACACUUGAGUCUUUAAAAGGGGGGUGUAAUAAGACUUAUGUGUAUGUACCCCGAGAACGUCACAUCAGCCCAUUCACAGGGGACAUUGAAAAAGAUGGGAGAACAGUAGAUGAGUUUAUAGAUGAGGUUGAGCGUGCUUUAAGAGCCAGAAACAUGACACCAAAUGAUGAGUGUGAUUUUGUUAUGUCUUUGCUGCGAGGUGCUGCAUUAGAAGAGGUUCGAUUGCGAAGCAAUGUAGACACCGAUAUAUCCACGGAUAUACUUACUUACCUUAGAGAGGCUUUUACUGAUAGGCGCAGCAGUGCCCAACUCCUCCAGGACUUUUAUAGUCGUAAGCAGAAAGAGGGGGAGGAUGUUCGUGAUUUCUCUCAUGCACUAGCUCAAGCUCUCAGUCAAAUUACCAAGCGUGCACCAGAGGCUGUGGGAGAUGAAAAGACGAUGUUAAGAGACCAGUUUGUAGAGGGCAUCCGAGACCAUACCCUCAGACGGGAACUUCGGCGGUAUGUAAGAGACAAGCCUGAGUCUUCUAUGGUGGAAGUGAGGGAGGAAGCUUAUCUAUGGGGCUGGGAGGAGCAGUCUGGGAGGGUUCGGACCCCUAAAAGUCGAAGUGCUACAUAUGGCUCCUACAGUGAGAGUGCACACUGUGCAGAAGUAAAAGCCACGGGCCAAAACCCAGUCACUUUAUCCAAAGUAAUGGAUGUAGUAACUCAACAGGGCAGGCAGAUCCUUGAGCUAACCCAGGCAGUUAAUAACUUGAUGACACAACAACAGGGGGCUGGGGCCUACGGAAUAACACUCGAGCCCAGUUACGAUUCACUGAAGAUGGUAAGCCCAUAUGCCUGA